CCUGUCCUCCUCUCUGAGACGUGGUCGUGUUUGUCACGGAGCUGUUUUCAGUCUGCUCCGGUCCUGACUCACCGCUGUUCGCUCCUGCUGAGGAACAAGUCGGUCAGGAAGCCACGCCGCAGCCAUGGCUUUUAAAGAUACCGGAAAGACGCCGGUGGAACCCGAGGUGGCCAUUCACCGGAUUCGGAUCACGCUCACCAGCCGCAACGUGAAGUCGCUGGAGAAGGUGUGUGCCGACUUGAUCAGAGGCGCAAAAGAAAAGAAUCUAAAAGUGAAAGGACCGGUGCGUAUGCCUACUAAGACACUGAGAAUCACUACAAGAAAGACGCCUUGUGGUGAAGGUUCCAAGACAUGGGAUCGUUUCCAAAUGAGAAUUCACAAGCGACUCAUUGACUUGCACAGUCCUUCGGAGAUUGUUAAGCAGAUUACUUCCAUCAGUAUCGAGCCAGGAGUGGAGGUUGAAGUCACCAUUGCAGAUGCCUGAGCCAUCUAUGAUAAUAAAUUGACUUAACCAGUAAAA